AGACAAUAUGGAGGACACAGAUGGAGAUGGAAUCCCUGAUCAUUUGGAUAAGGAUGAUGAUGGAGAUGGCAUUCCAGAUGACAAAGAGAAGGAUACGGAUGGUGACGGAAUUCCAGACUAUCUGGAUGAAGAUGAUGAUAAUGAUGGGAUCCGUGACUCCCAGGACAAAGACGAUAAUGGAAAUGGUAUUCCAGAUCAUUUAGAAGUCGACAGUGAUGGAGAUGGAAUUCCAGAUUACCUCGAUGAUGAUGAUGAUAAUGACGGGAUCCCUGACCAUUUGGACAAGGACGACAAAGAGAAAGACACUGAUGGUGACGGAAUUCCAGAUUAUCUGGAUGAUGACGAUGAUAAUGAUGGAAUUCCUGACGUUGAUGAUGACGAUGGCGAUGGUAUUCCUGAUAAACUUGAAAUUGAUACAGAUGGUGAUGGGAUACCAGAUUACUUGGAUAAUGAUGAUGAUGGGGAUGGAAUUCCUGACUCUGAAGAUAAAGACGAUGAUGGCGACGGAAUUCCAGAUGACAAGGAAAAAGAUACAGACGGUGACGGUAUCCCGGAUUAUCUGAAUGAUGAUGAGGAUGGAGAUGGUAUUCCAGAUAGUGAAGACAAAGAUGAUGAUGGGGAUGGUAUUCCUGAUGACAAAGAAAAAGAUACAGAUGGAGAUGGCAUUCCAGAUUAUCUCGAUAAUGAUGACGAUGGUGAUGGAAUUCCAGAUAGUUUAGACAAUGAUGAUGAUGGUGACGGUAUAACUGAUGAUAAGGAAAAAGACACUUAUGGAGAUGGAAUUUCAGAUUACUUAGAUGAUGAUGAGGAUAAUGAUGGAAUUCCAGACUCAGAGGAUGAUGAUGCCGAUGGAAAUGGCAUUCCUGAUUACAAGGAAAAAGACACGGAUGGUUAUGGUAUUCUAGACUACUUAGAUGACGAUGAUGGUAAUGACGGAAUACCUGAUCAUCUUGAAUUUGUAUUUGAUUUUGAGUCCUCUGAUGAGGAAUGGAAACCUAAAAAGGAUGACUGUAUUGAAUCUGAUGAAUCUGAUGAGGUUUUUUCUGAUACAAAAUGUAUUCGGCCAUUCCUAUCAAAGGAUGGGACAUCAAAAGUCAAGAUUGUUGCUGAAGGAGAUGCAUGUGUUAGUGAAACAGUUUCAGUUGCACCUGUUGUAAAACAUGGAACAAAGCGUGUAUAUGACAAAAGGCAUGCUUGUUUCUUUUGUGGUGACACUUUCUCCAAGAUAUCAUCUCAUCUGCAAAUGAAACAUUCAGGAGAAAAAUUAGUAGCCGAAAUUUUGGCUAAAAAGAAAGGAGGAAAGGAUAGAAAAUUGCUUUGGAAGAAACUAAGAAAUAUGGGAGACUUUCAUUAUAAUAUAAAAAGAAUUACAGAAAAAAAAGGACACUUGAUUGUUGAAAGACGACCAACAACUGAAAAGGAUUCAAAUGAAUUUCUUCCCUGUCCCCAUUGUUUGGGUUUUUUUGUAAGAAGUGAACUUUGGAGGCAUGCUAAAGAAUGCCCUUUUCGAUGUCAGAAUAAUGAAGAAGAAAAGCCUUUGGUCUAUUCAGCCCAGAUACUGCUUUACUCAAACUUGCAUGAAAAUUCAGAUUUGCAGGAGAACAUUCAGGAAAUAUUAACAGGAAUGAAAUCUGAUGGUGUCUUGAAGGCAAUACAGUCUGACAACAGUUUGAUGUCCUUUGGAUCUGCUAUGCUGAAAAGAGUGGGAAGAGGAAGAUUACCUAAUGUCAGACAAAAGUUACGACAGCUGGGACGACUUUUAGUGUCAUUAAGGUGCUUGUCAACAGAGGCAGCUGUAUUUACUGAUUUCAUCAAACCAAAGGAGUUCGACAGAGUAGUAGAUGCUGUUAAAAAAAUAAGUUCAAACCCUUCAGAGAUUACAGAAAAAGGAUGUCAGAAAUACAGCCUUCCCUCCCUUGCUCUAAAACUUGGACAUUCUUUGAAAAGAUUAGCUGAGGUAAUAAGAGGAAGGGCAAUACGAGAUGGUGAUGAUGAGAGACGAAAAGAUGUAGAAAACUUUAUCUUAUUGCAUGACACUGAAUGGGCUGACAAAAUAAGUAGCCAUGCCAGACAAACAAUUGCUGAGAGGAAGUACAAUGAACCAGACAUAUUGCCAUUAACCUGUGACAUAGUAAAACUGAAAGACUUCCUUCUUCAUGAAAUUGUCAGGCUGAGUGAAUUACUGUUGAAAGACAUAAAUGCUGUCAACUGGAGAAACUUGGCAAUGGUUGUUUUAUGUAGAAUUACGAUAUUUAACAAGCGCCGAGGGGGAGAGACCAGUCAGAUGAAACUAUCGGCUUACGUAAACAGAAAAACUGGAGAAUGGAAGGAUGCCGAAAAUCUGGAAAUAAUAUCCACUUUAUCACCAAUUGAAAAGAAACUGAUGGACAGGCUACAGCUUGUAGAAAUAGUUGGAAAGAAGAACAGAAAAGUCCCUGUUUUGCUAACUAAAGACAUGUGGAAUGCAUUAGACUUGCUUAACAGCAAAAGGAAUGCCAUUGGAGUUCCUCUUCAAAACCCUUUCCUGUUUGCUGCACCAUCUUCCAAGUCUGGGCACUUGAAAUGUUGGGAUUCCCUCAAAUGGAUAACAAACAGAGUGGAUUUAAAGAAUCCUGAACUUAUUACUACAACUAAUAUGAGAAAAUACAUCGCAACAGUUUCACAGAUAGUUGAUCUGGAUUCCAAGAACGAGCUAGAAUGGCUGGCAAACCAUAUGGGGCACACCCUUUCCGUACAUAGGAAGUACUACAGACUCCAAGAACAAACUCUUGAGCUCGCAAAGGUCAGCAAAUUGUUGAUUGCUGCAGAUUGUGGAAUGGUCCAUAGAUAUGCUGGAAAAACUCUGGAUGAUAUCACAUUGGAAGAAAUACAGUUAGAUAAGUCUGAAGAGGAGGAUUGUGAUGAGCAAGACUGUUCUUCAUCAGAGGAGUGUCAGGAGAGGACCCCCCCAAAAAUAAAGGACAGUAAACAAAAGCAGAAGGAACAAAAGCAAAGCGAGAAAGAUACGGAAUAUGUUUGCAGUAAUGCAAAGAAAUGUACCAGAAGGCCAUGGAAAGAGGAAGAUAAACAAGCAUUAAGAACAUCAUUUCAUCAACAUUUUACACUAUGUUGUCCUCCAAGUAAGAGUGAUGUAAUGCUACAGGGAAGGAAGUCGGACAGAGUUAGAAAGUUAAUCGAAGAGAGAGGGUGGACUGCUGUGAAGUAUUAUGUUUGGAAUCUAGUGCAACAACAUAAAAAAAGGGGCCAAAAUAUGACAAAUGCCAAGGAACAAAAAAAUUAAUUGUGUCUCGGGCCAAAUUUUGAAAUUCUGGUAAAGCAGGCAAAUUUUUUUUUUUUUACUAUCAUCUUAUGUUUUCAGUCAUCAGCAGGUUGUCAAACUGAUGCAAUAUUAAGGGUUUUACUUUUUGCUUGGUUUUAACCAUACAGUAAAACAGGCAGCCAAGUAGCUGGAACAGAUAAUUGCUUUUUUGAGCAUAAUUCAUUUUAUUCAUCAAGUGUUUAAUAUAUUGAAAAGUCAAGAGAAAUGAAAUCACUAUGCUAAAAGAGUCAAAUCAUUAUUGGAAUAUUUUACUGUAAUUUGACCUCAUAUACAUUUCCAUUAGUUUAACUUGCAUACUUGGUAAUGAAACACCAAUUGAACAUGUGUUAUUAGUAUGUUUGAAUAAAAAAUGUAAAUCAAA